GUUCUCCUGGCAGCAGGCGGGUUUGGACGUGUGAUGUACGGAGCGUUGGAUGGGUCACAUUCACAAGAUUAAGGGCUGGAUCCUGAUUGGAAUACCUUUUUGAGUGGAAUCCUCCUUUACACUAGUGCAUGGCUGGAAAUGUAAAGAUGUGGAGGGAAGACCAGGGAUUGCACUCUGAGGAAGAAGCUAGCAUCAGUGUAAUCUUCAUGUAAAACUACCCAACCUGCAGGCUGAAAGUCCUCAUCAGUGUUCUCUUUGCUCCAGUCAUCAUAAUGACGCUCUCUCGGUAGCCUUCCACUACCCGUUUGGCAUUUAUCCUGUUCCCCAAAACUUUACUGCACUGAAAACACUCAAGACCACCACCACCUGCCAUGGAUUGCCUGUGUCCGGGUGAAGGCGUGAGCCGGACACAGGCCCUCGUCGGCAAACUGUAGCCAUCUGGGUUCUCUUCAACUUAUUUCCUGUGAUUUUACUCUGGAGUUAUUCUUUAUUUGGACCAGGGAUGGAUGUACCGGAAGCCAGCAAGCAUGGCAAGAAGUCGACAAGUCAAAAGCUGGAGGACCAGAAAAAGAUUUACACAGACUGGGCCAAUCACUACCUGGCCAAGUCUGGCUGUCCACGCCUCAUCAAGGACCUGAGCCAGGACGUCACCGAUGGAGUCCUGCUGGCACAGAUCAUCCAGAUCAUAGCAAAUGAGAAGGUGGAGGAUAUCAAUGGCAGCCCCAGGAGCCAGUCGCAAAUGAUCGAGAAUGUGGACGCCUGCCUCAGUUUCCUGGAUGCCAGAGGAGUGAAUGUACAAGGGCUCUCAGCAGAAGAGAUCAGGAAUGGCAACCUAAAGAGCAUCCUGGGUCUCUUCUUCAUCCUGUCGCGCUACAAGCAGCAGCAGCAGCAACAGCAGCAGUACUACCAGUCCCUGGUGGAGCUCAGCCAGCAGACCAGCAGCACCACACCAUCCGCCAGCAGCCUCAAGACACAAGAGAUGCAGUCCAGUCUCACAGCACGAUAUGCAAGUCCUCCGGGCCACAGUGGAAUAGGGUCACCACAGAAGAAAAACACAAGGUUACCCGGCCCCUCCAGAGUACCUGCUGCAGGCAGCGGGGCCUCCAGGAGCCCGGGCUCAUCCAACCUCAACCGUCGCAGCCAGAGCUUCAACAGCAUCGACAAGAGCAAGCCUCUUCAGUAUGCCAGUGGCAACGACAGAGAAGCGGUGAGGGGUAUCCCAGCACCCGGCGGGAUGAAUGGGAGCGGUAUUGGUGGGACAGUUCCCACCAGCCUCAGCGGGCAGCAGCUGGCCUCUGCCAUCCCCUCCCCCACCGCCAGCAAGUCCUGGCGCAGCAAGUCCAUGAACCUCAAGCACAGCGCCACUUCGUCCAUGCUGGCGAGCCCCACGCACUCACCCUCCCCCACCCAUUCACCGCAGGCCACUGAAGGCCUUCUGCCACACGGAAGCGAUGGGUCAAAAGUAGGGUCAGCUGGCAGUGGUGGACCCCAGAGGUCCAUGCUGGAGAAGUUCCGCCUGAUUAACCCUAGAUCGGCUUCACGAGCGUCACCGUCUGUGGCAGAGAUGGCUCUGCAGGAGGAGGAUGACCUGUCGGAGUACGGUGAGGAUGGAUUGACGCCCACAGGGUCGGUGUGCAGUAGCGGCAGUAGCAGUGCUACGGCCAAGCAAAUGCCUACCAAGACACCCACAUCGUCCCUCACUGCACCAAGCAAGACUUCCUCUUCUUCCUCCCCCUCCUCUUCAUUUUCAAAAGCGUCUGCCAAUGGCAGCAGGUCCAUGGCCCCUUCCAAAGACAAGGACGACAAAAGCAAGUCUGGGAAAUCUUCUAAGGACAGCUCGCCACCCAAAGAGGAGCGCGAGUCAUAUGCUGACCCCAAUAAGAAGACCUCCAAAAUUGCCAGCCUCAUCCCCAAGGGAGGGAAGCCAUCAUGCGGAAAGAAAGAUGGCGGCACCUCCUCGGCUUCCAGCGGCAUACCUAAGCCAGGACUUAAAGCUCCCUCCACCACGACGUCCAAGCCUCAGACUCAGUCGCAGAGCCAAAGCCAGGCGGCCUUAAACAGCAGCGGCAACAUGCGGGGUGGAGAGGGGGAGAGAGCCAAGCUGACGAAAGGAGGGCAGGGUGGGAGUUUUUACAUACAGCGCUCCAUUGGGGGCCCAGAGGGCAAAAGGACCAGCAUGACCUCCUCCACCAGCACCUCAGCCCUGUCUGGGUCCAGUGGGAUGCUGGGAGGAGGAGGGGGUGGAGGAGGAGGAGGAGGAGGAGGAGGAGGAGCGCUCGGAGGGAACGGAGUAGUUCAGCUUCCUCAGCAGCAGCAGCACAACCACCCCAAUACUGCCACUGUGGCCCCCUUCAUGUACAGGACAUUCUCAGAAAAUGACUGCACCAUGGUGGCCCCGGCCGACCCCUGCCUCAGCCCCACCAAGGGAGAGCUGGUCUACAGCAAGACAGCCAAACAGUGCCUGGAGGAGAUAUCAGGAGAGGAUCCUGAGACAAGACGCAUGAGGACGGUGAAGAACAUCGCUGACCUGCGGCAGAACCUGGAAGAAACCAUGUCAAGUCUACGGGGGACACAGAUCAGCCACAGUACACUAGAAACAACCUUUGACACCACGGUAACCACUGAGGUCAAUGGGCGGAGUCUACCAGCCCUCACCACACGCUCCUCCCCCAUGGCCUGGCGUCUGGGCCAAUCACAAACCCCGCGUCUCCAGGCAGGCGACGCCCCCUCAAUGCCCAGCAGCUAUGCUGCGCCCAGGGCGAGCACGACGAGCGCUGGCACCACCACAGGGCGCUACAGUGGGCACUCGGACCCCUCCAGGUUUGUGUUCAGCGCCCCCCUGAGGCGAGCAGCAGCGGCAGCAGGGGCGAGGGGGGCGGAACAGGGGGAGAAGGGAGGAGGAGGGCUGGAAGGAGGGAAGCAGAUGGAGGUGGCAGGGUACAUGAGUGAUGGGGACAUCCUAGGGAAGAACGGCCGGAUGGAUGAGAUCACCAGCGGAUACCUUACAGACGGCGGCCUCCAUCUGUAUGCGAGGAACGCAGGCCGAGCCUCAGACGUGGCUUCUUCUCGAGAAAUAUCCCAGAGAGGAAGCAAAGAGGUGCAGGGCGACAUAGACAGUUGGGACGACAGCAGCUCGGUGAGCAGCGGCCUGAGCGACACAUUGGACAACAUCAGUACUGAUGAUCUGAACACACCCGCCUACUCCGCUGUCAGCUCAUCACGCAAAAGCAAGGGAGCGCAGUCCCAGCGAGGAAGCAGGUCCAAGCAUGCAGAGCAGGAGGUGAGCAGCAGCUGGGCCGGAGCCGAGGACCUGAAGAAGGUGGAGGAGGAGCUGGAUGCGAGCAUGGACCCCAGCAGCGGCUCCUCCCGUUGGAAGCCUUCUUCAUCCUCCUCUUCCUCUCAAGCCCAGGGCCAGUACGAGGAUGCCAGUCAGAAGGCCGCUGCGCUGGCCCAGAUGUCCCAAACGGGCUCGUGGAGGAGGGGCAUGACGGCCCAGGUGGGCAUUACUCCACCCAGGACCAAGGGUACCUCUGCUGCCCUCAAAACACCAGGCAAAACUGAUGAUGCUAAGGCCUCGGAGAAGGGCAAGGCGCCUUCCAAGAGUUCAGCUGGCAUCCAGCGCUCACCCUCAGAUGCUGGGAAGAGUAGUGGAGACGAAGGUAAGAAACCUCCCUCUGGCAUUGCACGCCCACCAACCACUGGUUCGUUUGGAUACAAGAAGAUCCCGGGUCCCACUGGUACCCUAAUCACUUCCAGCGGUGCAACGCUCGCCAGUGGCUCAGCCACCCUGGGCAAGGCGCCCAAGUCUUCAGCUGCCCUCGGCAAAGGCACAGGCAUCAGCGGUGUGCGCAAGACCAGCCUGGAUGGCUCACAGCCCCAGGAUGACGGCAUUCUACUCAGCUGCAGUGGCUCCAAAUUGACCCUGCAGUACCGCUCUCUACCCAGACCCGCCAAAUCCUCCAGUGGGGUGGCAGCAGGGCGCAGCGGGCAUCGCUCCAGUUCCAGCAGCAUCGACUCAAACGUUAGUGGCAAGUCAGCUGGAGGGGCAGCGACACAAGCCGGUGCCAAACGCAGGGACGGAAAAGUGGGCUCAGACCGCUCCAGUCCCAUCACCAUUAACCAGACAGACAAGGAGAAAGUGGCGGUGUCAGACCAGGACACAGCAGCGGGACUAUCCACCUCCCCCAAGUCCAGCCCCACCUCCAGUUCAACAGGCCAGUCAGGCCUCAGGCAGCCGGGCUCCAAGUACCCCGACAUUGCUUCUCCUACGUUCCGCAGAUUGUUUGGCACCAAAGCCAGCAGCAAGGCCAGCUCUCCGGGCACGCCCGACUCUGGCAAGUGCCCCUCAAUGUUGGGCAGCCCCCACGGCACGCUGGCGAGGCAGGCCAGUCUGGACUCACCCUCCUCUGGCACGGGGAGCCUGGGUAGCGCUGGCGGCCUGAGCGGUGGCAGCAGCCCACUGUACGGUAAAACCCCAGACCUGUGCACUGACUCCCCAGCCUCCAGCCCGGCCUCUGGCCUCUCCCUGCCCUCCAACGCUCGGCCCUGGCCUGCCUGUAGCUCGUCAGCUGGCAGCAAGGACACACUGAGCUGCCAAAGCAUGACCAGUCUGCACACCAGCUCUGAGUCCAUUGAUCUGCCGCUGGGCCACCACGGGCCCAAGGUUACACGAACCGGCAGUGUCAAGUCCACCCUGUCUGAGGGCAUGCCUCUUGACAGAAACACACUUCCCAAAAAGGGACUGAGGUACCCUCCGUCCUCCCGACAGACGUCCCACGAGGAAGGGAAGGAGUGGCUGAGGUCCCAUUCAACAGGGGGCCUUCAGGACACAGGCAGCCAGUCCCCGCUGUCUCCUCCUGGAGCUUCCUGCACCACCACAGGAAAAUACCACUACUCCAACCUGCUGAGCCCCACUAACAUCAGCCAGUAUAACCUGCCACCAGGCAGCAGCAGCAUGAGCCGCUCCAACAGCAUCCCUGCCCAGGACUCCUUUGACCUAUACGGAGAGGGUCACCCACUGGGUGGCAGCGCAACCUCCCUGGAGGAACGACCACGGGCCAUCAGCCGCUCCGGCUCCUUCAGGGACAGCACUGACGAAGUCCAUGGCUCUUCAUUGUCUCUGGUCUCCAGCACGUCUUCACUGUACUCUGCGACGGAGGAGAAAGCACACUCAGAGGGCCAAACAGUCCUAAAUUCCACGCAAAUCAGAAAGCUGCGGCGGGAGCUGGACGCCUCUCAGGAGAAGGUGGCGACCCUGACGUCUCAGCUGGCUGCCAACGCUCACCUGGUGGCGGCCUUUGAGAAGAGCCUGAGUAACAUGACCUGCCGCCUGCAGAGCCUCACCAUGACAGCUGAACAAAAGGAGUCGGAGUUGGCUGAGUUGAGGGAGACGAUAGACAUGCUGAAGACCCAGAACACAGACGCCCAGACUGCCAUCCAGGUGGCGCUCAACGGCCCUGACCACCUACACAAAGACCUGCGAAUUAGACGGCAGCACUCGUCAGAAAGUAUGUCCAGUAUCAACAGCGCAGCCAGUCACUCCAGCAUGGGCAGUCUGGGCAAGGACGCUGAAGACAAAAAGAAGAAGAAGAAGAGCUGGGUGGCUGAUUCCAUUCCAGCUCAGUUGCGCAGCUCCUUCAAGCAGGCGUUCAGCAAGAAGAAAACCAAAUCCCAGUCAGCCCAUGACGAGAUGGAGGAGAUGACCGACUCGCUGCCGUCCUCGCCCAAACUACAGCACGACAACAGGCAAGGCAGCAUCGCCACGCUGCAUUCUUCGCCCUCCACCACAGACAAGUGUGUUUGCGAUAGCAAGUCCUCCCCCAUUUGGACACCAAAGAAAAAGCAAAAUGGUCAUAUGGUCUACAAGCACAGAUCUCGGUUGUGCGAAUGCACCGAAGCCGAAGCUGAAAUCGUCCUCCAGCUGAAGAACGAGCUGAGAGAGAAGGAGCUCAAGUUGACAGACAUCCGCCUGGAGGCGCUUAGCUCCGCCCACCACCUGGAUCAGAUCCGGGAGGCCAUGAACCGCAUGCAGAAUGAGAUUGAGACUCUGAAAGCGGAGAACGAUCGUCUCAAGUCCAGCGGUAACGCCACGCCGACGGCCACGCCCGUCAAGACGGCCCGGCCGCCCUCCGAGACCUCCAGCACCUCCUCAUCCUCCUCGCGUCAGUCUUUGGGGCUGUCGCUCAAUAACCUGAACAUCACUGACACCAUCAUGUCAGAUAUUCUGCUAGAUGACAGCUACGAGGGCAAUCUACGCAAAGAGGGCCGAAAUGUGCGAAUAGUGGUUACCAUCAGCAGCGGGCCAAACACCACCAAGGGUAAACAAAGCCAGGAGUACCUGAUUGGGUCUAUAGGUGUGAGUGGGAAAACCAAGUGGGACGUCCUGGAUGGAGUCAUUCGACGCCUCUUCAAGGAGUAUGUGUUUCGGGUGGACCCUCUAACCAGCCUGGGUCUCAACUCAGACAGCAUUGUCUGCUACAGGAUGGGCGAAGUGGUUCGCUCCCACGCCUCCGAAGUGCCUGAGCUGCUGCCCUGCGGCUACCUGGUGGGCGACAACAAUGUCAUCAAGGUCAACCUCAAAGGUGUGAAGGAGAACAGUAUAGACAGCCUGGUGUUCGACGCGCUGAUUCCGAAGCCCAUCAUCCAGCGGUACCUCAACCUGUUGAUGGAGCAUCGUCGCAUCAUCCUCUCAGGACCCAGCGGCACCGGCAAAUCCUUCCUGGCCGCCAAGCUGGCCAAGUACAUCAUUUGCCAGAUGGGGCAGGAGGUGACCGAGCACAACCUGGCCAGCUUCAACGUGGACCAGAAUUCCAGCAAGGACCUGCGUCAGUACCUGUCCAACCUGGCAGAGCAGUGUAACUCUGAGGAGACAGACACAGAGCUCCCCACUGUGGUCAUCUUGGACAACCUCCACCACAUUGGCUCCCUCAGUGACAUAUUCAACGGCUUCCUCAAUUGCAAGUACCACAAAUGCCCUUAUGUUAUCGGGACCAUGAACCAGGGAGUUUCCUCUUCUCCUAACCUAGAGCUACACCACAACUUUAGGUGGGUGCUGUGCACCAACCACACGGAGCCGGUCAAAGGGUUCCUGGGCCGUUUCCUGCGGCGGAAGCUGAUAGAGACGGAGAUCCAUAAGAACAUGCGCAGCAAUGACCUGAUUAAGAUCAUCGACUGGAUCCCUAAGACCUGGCAGCACCUCAACAGCUUCCUGGAGGCACACAGCUCCUCCGAUGUCACCAUCGGCCCCCGUCUCUUCCUGUCCUGUCCCAUGGAUGUAGAAGGCUCUCGGGUUUGGUUCACCGACCUGUGGAACUACUCCCUGGUGCCCUACCUGCUGGAGGCUGUCAGGGAAGGGCUUCAGCUAUACGGCAAAAGAGCAGCAUGGGAGGAUCCAUCCAAGUGGGUGAGCGACACGUAUCCAUGGAACGCCGCCUCGCUGCAGCAGGACGGCCAGUCGCUGCUCCAACUGAGGCCGGAAGACGUGGGAUACGAAGGCUAUAGCUCAUCCAAGGAGGGAGCCUCGUCCAAGCAGGUGUCUCAGAGUGACACUGAGGGAGACCCACUGAUGAACAUGCUGCUACGACUGCAGGAGGCGGCUAACUACUCCAGCACGCAGAGCUGCGACAGCGACAGCACCAGUCACCAUGACGACCAGCUGGACUCCUCGCUGGAGUCAGCGCUAUGAGACCAAGAGCUGCGCUGGGAGACACCGCACCCCUUGGUCGCUACCAGACACCCCUAUAGUGCACAGAUGUAUGAUAUAUGAAAAGUUUUACUAUCCAAAAUGGUAUACCAACCAUUUGAAAGAAAACACCUAUUUUUACAUAACAAUGGUGCAAUAUUAAAUCAAAUUAUUGUAUGUUUUAAAGAGCAGUAGCCAACUUGGUCCUCAGUGGUCAAAAUGAUAAACAAUCAUACAAGUUGGAUCUGUUAUAUUUUAAACACAUUAAAUAGUAAGGUCAGCUAGUCAUUCAUGUAUAACAUUUUAGAAUACAACUUUUCAUAUAUGUGUAGGCAGGACGUGUCUGAGAAGGGACAGUAGUUCCUCGGAAGUUGACUUCCAAGGAGUAAAUCACAUUUGUGCUCAGCCAUGAUGAGCCACAGAUCACACCAUUAUUUUAACUUUGGGUGUCAAUCUGCAUGUCAGAAAAAAAGAGAAAACCAAGAGUUUGACGUGACAAAACUGGAUUUGUCUUUCUUUCUUUUUUUUUUGUUAAAUCCCAGAUAUAUCUUCAGAUGUUUACAAUGGUGGGGGGUGGGGUGGGGGGGCUGGGGGGAGUUAUGUCUUUCCUUGUUUACAGAGGUGCUUCUCACACAGACACACACACUUACACACAGGCAGCAGGAGGACACUGUCCUUUAAUCAGAGACUUUAAUUGGUUCAAGCCCCCAUGUGACCAACAAUCCAGCCUGCCAGAAUGUCCUUGAGCAAGGCACUAUUUAUACCACCCUGGGACCCUGAUCUCUGACCCCACCUAUUGAGGGAGGCAAGUAAGAGGAGAAUGAUGUAGUGUUUGCAGGUGAUGUAAUGCCCUCUGGUGGCCACAAUGGAGGCUCUCAGCUCUUAGAAAACUGGCUGUAAAUAGAUUUUCUUUACACACAAAUGAGUUUCGUCACAGAUCCAUCUGAUUGUUUUUGUGCUUCAAUAAUCAAUAACCAGCUUUUUAACUGAACUGGCUCCUCACAAGUUACUAUUUUAGAGUAGAUUUAGGGCUAAGGGACACUUUUCCGUCUCAUUGUUUACCACCAUAUCACCUUAUUUGGGUGUCUUUGCCUUUUCUGAACAUAAAGACAAUUUUGCACCUCCAAGAUGGCACCAGAUGUGGUUGAUUUGAGCCCAGCUAGGGUCACAAGAAUGCCAUUUUCAUAACAUACGCAUACGGCACGCAAGCCUCCUGCUCGGUCGGCAGUUGAGCCUCGUGGUGCUGCUCUCCUGCCCUGAGCCUCCUCAGUGUCAGGCACUGCCAAGUCGCUCCUCGCUGCCCUGCAUGCCAACAACAGCCACAACGGAAGCGCAUUGUCUUUGCGUCAUCCAGCCACAUUGCUACUGUGAAGAAAAAGAUGGAGUGCCAAUGUUUCCCUUUGAUUUACUGCCAAAUGUGCACACACAGAACCAUACAUACGCGCACAGAGACUACAUCACAAUGCACAGCUGACCAUGCUUGUAAACUUAGAUUAAGUUGUUCUUGGCCUUCCACACGCCACAGCCUGUUGUCACUUUUUUAGCUUAGAAUGCACCAUGAGAGCAGGCAGCGCAUCACAGAACUGUAUCAGUUGACUGUUCGCUAAACCCAUCCCUUGCACAGUGAUUGUCCAAUCAUUAGCAACCGUAACUCUGCACAGCACUUCUGUAAAGCUUGGAUGUUAAAGUGGUGUGCAUGGAGAUGUGGUUCUAGAGAUACUCAUCAUUUAAAGAGUUUGGAGGUGGUGUCUUCUUUAGCCUUUCCAAAACCAAAAACACAAUAGCAAAAGUAUAAGGAAUAGGUUCAAUAGCAUCUAACGUUAGCUGCAAGCGUUAGCGUGAUCGGGUAACUAGCUUACUUACUUCCAAAACCUGCUCUUUAUUGUAUUCGGGAAGGUUUACACUCCAACAACCCCAUUUUCAACCAUCUCAUGGAGCUAACGUAAGCUGAAAGCUAGCUCCAGCUGAUAAAAUCUGUCAGCAACAGCUAUCAUGUCAGCCGACAAAACUGAUGUGAGCAGCUGCAACAAAAGAGUUUCCCCUCGGGGAUCAAUAAAGUAUUUCUGAUUCUGAUGCCCAUCAGCUAGAAAUGGGAAGCCUGCUUUUGUUAACCUCUGUCUGAAAUCAAGGACAUAUUGUUUCAAAAUCUAGCACGAAUUUUGAGUGGCAAACAUGCUAUCAUUAUCAUUGUAAACUGCAUAUGUGCAAGAAUGGAAAGCUUGACAGGCAUAGCAACAGUUACCAAGGGGGGCAGAGCUUAGCGAACAGUUAAUUGCAAAUAGCUGAAUUCCUGUGACACUUGCGUCAACCUGCAUGGACAAGCGGGUGGGGUUUGCUGCAACAGGGAAAUUCCCAAAGUAACAAGAAAGCAGCAGACUGACUUUGAAAAAUUUCAAGGGCCUUCACUCCAACAGAUAUGAAUCAGAGGUAUGACACUGUUUGAUCAAUCAACAAAAUAUCAGUAAUAUUGAAUUGAAUGAUACAAGCCGACAGUGUCCUGCUUGCAACUUUCUGGUACUCAUUUGAUAGUCUUGUUCAGCAUCUACACCCAUCUGGGAUCCACGAGGUACCAAAAAGGAAUCCAAAGUAUUUUCAAAUGCAAAUUAGCCCAAGAGCUGAAUAGGGGAACAACGAUACUGGUGCUUUCUCACUGCCUUAAAUGUGCAAAAGUUUGGGAGGCAUCCUCUGCUCCCAUUGGCUAUAGUGAGAAGAAGGGAUGCUGAUGUGGGAUGAUGAUGAUCUUUUGUUUUUUGUCGCUCCCUCUUCCUCCAAACCGUACUUUCUUGUUUCUGACAGUUGAAAUAUAAAGUUGAAUUUAAAGCUGACCAAUAUUGUAAAAACAUUUAAAAGGGGGUGGGGUAUUUUUUAGUUGUUGUUUUUUGCCCAGUUGAGCUGGGCUCACUUGAACUGACAGGAGCACAACCAAACUGUUUUGGGUUUUCUAGCCUGACAAGCAUGUUUUGAAGCUUUUUAAAGGGGAUGCAUUGAGAAGAGACCUUUAAAGUUAUGUAUGCGUGUAUUGGACGGAAGCCAUUUUGAAUUUUGAUUGUCCUCUCUUUGUUUAACAAGUGGGUUGGUUUUGCACACUUUGAGGUUGGGGUGGGUUGUAAAUACUUAAGUCUUGCACAGUGAAUCAAAGAUGCAUUCUGCCCUGUUGAUGUUACAAUAUGCUUAACCCACUGAGUAAAUUAUUGUACUUUGAAAACAGAGAGAAAAAAAAAAGAAAUGCAAAAACUCAACACGCUGUCAGAAACAGGUGUGUGUCUUGUGGUGAUUGGAUGUUUUGCCUAUGCAGGAGGCAUACGGUGUACAGUAAAAAAACUGUUUUUUAACUCACUAAAAUCACAGACUGAGAACAAAAAAUAGGCACUUUUCCGGUAUUCCCCCAUCCUGCCAUAAUAUUCUCUGGAUCCUCUCCGUCUUUAGGAAUGCCUGUUGGUCCUUAGAAGCACUUCCUCUCUGGACAUUUUAACCCAAGCUUACCGCCACGUUGCGCUUGCCGGCUGCCCGAGGCACUGAAGCUGACCUGACACCGUACUGUAUACAUUUACCAACAACCAACAGGUGCUAAUGGUCAGUCAAAGCCCAUCAUAGACCAAGAAGUCAUGUUGUCACAACCUCAGGACAAUCCUAUCCUCUUCAAUCCUACCUGUGUUCAGCUUCACACGUGUCUCUGCAGCCAAGCCUCUGAUGGUUCGAACAUAUAUGUGGCCAACUUGGCCAGCCUUGUGUCUGCAAGGGUGUGUAGUUGCAUGGUAAGGGGGUAGUUACCAUGGUAACAGGUCGCUCUGUACCUAGACCUACACCCAUGUAUCAAACCUGAGCUCAGAUCUCCCACAAUUCACCCUGUCAGCUACUCUACACUCCUGCUGUAGGCCAUUAGUUCCCGAGCUAGCAGAACUUUGACACCGUUAACAGUGUACACCAUAGUGUUGAUGAUCAGCUGGUCAUUUUUCCCACUUAACACUUUGCAGUUACAUCUCAGUUGAAAACCAUAGCAUUUACUCUGGUUUGAGAGAAAGUUUUCUUCUUUUUGGGUGAAACAUUUGUCCUUAAAUGUUUUAUAUUUUGUACAUUUGUAUGUAACAUAUCAUGUAAAUAGACAGAGACAGUGAUUUAACUCAUCUGGAGGAUUUUGUAGUCUUUGUAAAGCCCUAAUAAAUGGUAUUUGGUGUCACACGAGCAAACAA